UCAUGCUGCUGCCAAGUCCAGAGUCUGUCAUGGGUCCCUGUACGGCCUCCCCAUUGCUGCUGUCUCCAUCGCCACACUCUGCCAUGUGCCACUUUCAGGUCUCCUCACACACUGCUGGUGUGUUCAAUUUUUUGACAUAGGGUGCUGGCAGAUUACGGGCCUCCCAUAGCUGCUGCCAGGCCCCUAAUCUGCAUGGGCCCCCUAUAUACCGCCUCCUCAUGCUGCUGCCAGGUCCAGAGUCUGUCAUGGGUCCCUGUACGGCCUCCCAUUGCUGCUGUCUCCAUCGCCACACUCUCAUGCCAUGUUGCCACUUUCAGGUCUCCUCACACUGCUGGUGUGUUCCAUUUUUUGUCAUAGGGUGCUGGCAGAUUACGGGCCUCCCAUAGCUGCUGCCAGGCCCCUAAUCUGCCAUGGGCCCCUAUACCGCCUCCUCAUGCUGCUGCCAGGUCCAGAGUCUCUCAUGGGUCCCUGUACGGCCUCCCAUCGCUGCUGUCUCCAUCGCCACACUCUGCCAUGUGCCACUUUCAGGUCUCCUCACACUGCUGGUGGGUUCCAUUUUUUG